AUGUUUGAACGUUUGUACGAAUUAAAAUCUGAAGUUGAAAUUAUGCUUUUACAAUUAGGAAAAGACAAUCUUCGUGAGAAUUUUACCGAUGAAAACUUCACAUUCUACUUUGCGUACCUAGUAGAUAUUUUUGAAACUAUUAAUAACCUAAAUCUCAAAUUACAAGGGAGGAAUACGAAUAUUAUAACCGCCAAAGAUUCUAUAAACUCAUUUCUAGAAAAGAUACAGCUGUGGAAACGCCGAGUAAACAAAGAGACUCCUAAUUUUUCGUCUUUCCGUCGAUUGAACGAACUUAUCUCUGAUGAGGAAAAAUCUAUUUGUCUUGCUGGAUUGAAAAGUAUAGUGAUUGAUCAUCUUGACUGUUUGACUGAUGAAUUCAUGCGAUAUUUUCCGGAUUUUUCUAACGAAAGUUGGAAAUAUACGCUAACAAGUUGUCCAUUCAGUGCUAACGUAGACACAUUGCCGGAUACAUUUCAAGAACAGGCAAUCGAGCUGAAGAACGAUUCACGCGCAAAAAUUGAUUUUAACAGUGGCAGCUCUUUGGAAGAGUUUUGGGUAAAAUACCAACCCAUUUAUCCUGAAAUUUCAAAUGAAGCCUUACAAGUCCUUGUACAAUUUUCAUCGACUUAUUUAUGUGAAUCUGGGUUCUCCAGCUUGGCCAUUAUAAAAACCAAACAUAGAAAUCGCUUGGAUGUCGAAUCUGACUUGAGGUGUUCUUUAUCAAACAUCGAGCCGAACUUUAAAAAAUUGUCCAAAGAAAAGUGUUGUCAGCCUUCACAUUAAAUGUUAAUUUUAUUAUACAUUCUAUUAUUUAUAUUUUUUACUAAUUUAAUUAAUUACUCACGUCAAUUUAUAAUUUCAUUAUAAUACUAUAUUAUUUACAA